AAUGGCUCAUGUACUGACGGCUUGGUGUGGAAUCCGAACGUGAACUCUUGUGACUGGCCUUAUAAUUACGACUGUCCUUACGAUAAGAAGGAGCAAAGUCUGCUGCCGGGUGAGGUUCCCCAACUGCAGUCACGCGCAGACCCGCCCGUAUGUCCAGAACGAAUUCCAGGUGUGGCAAUGAACAUUACCUUCUACCCUAAUGAAGAUGACUGCAGCAAGUACUGGGAGUGUGACAACGGAAACCUUUACAAUGGCACAUGUACUGACGGCUUGGUGUGGAAUCCGAACGUGGACUCUUGUGACUGGCCAUAUAAUUACGACUGUCCUUACGAUAAGAAGGAGCAAAGUCUGCUGCCGGGUGAGGUUCCCCAACUGCAGUCACGCGCAGACCCGCCCGUAUGUCCAGAACGAAUUCCAGGUGUGGCAAUGAACAUUACCUUCUACCCUAAUGAAGAUGACUGCAGCAAGUACUGGGAGUGUGACAACGGAAACCUUUACAAUGGCACAUGUACUGACGGCUUGGUGUGGAAUCCGAACGUGGACUCUUGUGACUGGCCAUAUAAUUACGACUGUCCUUACGAUAAGAAGGAGCAAAGUCUGCUGCCAGGUGAGGUUCCCCAACUGCAGUCACGCGCAGACCCGCCCGUAUGUCCAGAACGAAUUCCAGGUGUGGCAAUGAACAUUACCUUCUACCCUAAUGAAGAUGACUGCAGCAAGUACUGGGAGUGUGACAACGGAAACCUUUACAAUGGCACAUGUACUGACGGCUUGGUGUGGAAUCCGAACGUGGACUCUUGUGACUGGCCAUAUAAUUACGACUGUCCUUACGAUAAGAAGGAGCAAAGUCUGCUGCCGGGUGAGGUUCCCCAACUGCAGUCACGCGCAGACCCGCCCGUAUGUCCAGAACGAAUUCCAGGUGUGGCAAUGAACAUUACCUUCUACCCUAAUGAAGAUGACUGCAGCAAGUACUGGGAGUGUGACAACGGAAACCUUUACAAUGGCACAUGUACUGACGGCUUGGUGUGGAAUCCGAACGUGGACUCUUGUGACUGGCCAUAUAAUUACGACUGUCCUUACGAUAAGAAGGAGCAAAGUCUGCUGCCGGGUGAGGUUCCCCAACUGCAGUCACGCGCAGACCCGCCCGUAUGUCCAGAACGAAUUCCAGGUGUGGCAAUGAACAUUACCUUCUACCCUAAUGAAGAUGACUGCAGCAAGUACUGGGAGUGUGACAACGGAAACCUUUACAAUGGCACAUGUACUGACGGCUUGGUGUGGAAUCCGAACGUGGACUCUUGUGACUGGCCAUAUAAUUACGACUGUCCUUACGAUAAGAAGGAGCAAAGUCUGCUGCCAAGUAAACCGACUGAGUGUCCUCAAACUUCAAAUGGUAAACAACUGACAGUCACAUUUUAUCCCGACGAAAAAGAUUGCACCAAAUUCUGGUCAUGCGACAACGGAAAUCUCGUCAAGGGUUCAUGUCCUGUUGGUUUGAUAUGGAAUCCCAAGAUUAAUGCUUGUGACUGGCCUUAUAACUACAAAUGCCAAUACUAGAUUAGGAAAUCUAUUUCUGCAGUAGUAGAAUCUGUCUGUCCACCAAUAAGCCCUCUUACAGUUGGCAUCGUCAUAUUUUAUGCCAAUAAAAACGACAUCCAGCACUACUGGAAAGGUGUCUAUGGUGAGGUAACAGAGUGUAACUGCGACUUUGACAUGGUGUGAGACCCCAGCGCGAAAAAGUGUACUGUGUAAAUUAUUUAACUUGUAAUACAGAUACUGAGUAAGCUAAAUUUAUCUCGUAACCUCAGGAAUCAACCGAAGGGAAUGUUCGGCUUAUCUCAGUAAUAUAUCUGAUUCCAGUUAAUCAUUUCUCCGACUCACAAUAGUGCACUGUUUAUCUGUAACUGAGUGGGAGAUUGACCUUGAUUUCAUUACGAAAUGUUGUAGUGAUUUGUAUAUAUUUAUUUUUGUAUUUGUAAAAUAAAUAAAUUUAUUUAUGUAUAA